AUGGCACAUAAAAAAUCUUUGGAGGCUUUAGAUAGAACCUUACAAGAUCUCCGGAGCAAUUAUAAACCAUUUGGUGGUGCAAUGAUUUUAUUAGCAGGAGAUUUUCGUCAAACAUUGCCAGUGAUUCCACGAUCAACGCCAGCUGAUGAACAGCUGUUUGAAGUCCUCCAAUUUGUGGAAACAUGUCAAGAUGUUGCUCAAAAUUACAGAAACCAUGAUUGGUUGAGCAAACGGGCUAUAUUGGCUGCAAAAAACAAAGAUGCAAAUGAAUUAAAUUUCAAAAUUCAAGAACAAAUUACAGGCGAAAUGAAGAUAUAUAAAUCAGUUGAUUCGGCUACUAACCAAGAUGAUGUCAUCAACUAUCAGCCUGAAUUUUUAACCGCUGAAUUUACCAGGAUUGCCACCUCACAAUCUACAAUUAAAGGUUGGAUCGGUAGUUAUAAUGUUGAGAAAUAUCAACCAACUACGUCUUUGCAACGGCACACGGUUAGCGAUAAAAAAAUUAUUGAACAACGUGAUAGAAGCAACUAUACUCAAAGGAAAGUAUAA